CCCGCGCCGCACAGACGUGUCUCGCGUUGCGCCGGCUCCCCUCAACACGCUACAGGCGUGUUUUUACCGGGACCUUAAUGAAAAAUUGAUGAAAACUCGCAUUUAACGAUCCCUCUGACGUCACAGGGACGCAUUCGGACUGUGUUUUAAUUAAUUGUGUGCAUGGAUAUCGCUAUAAUGUAGCAUUCACAAGGUACAAAGAACGCGCGUGAAAUGUUGUGACACGAUGACAGUUUAGUGUUGUGCGAGUGUCGAUGAAAUCCAUCGAUAGAAUGGCGCGGCUGCUGCUGGCGCUUCUGCUGCCGGCGCUCGCGAUCGCAGCGCCAACGGCCGACUCGGAUGCGUGUAACCCGGACAAAAUGACGGUGUACCGGAUGGUACUACACACGUAUUGGACGAGAGAGAAGUUCCCCAAGCACUAUCCGGACUGGAGGCCGCCGGCGCAGUGGUCUAAAGUCUAUGGUGUGUCCCACGACCGGUCUUACGUGCUUUUCCGUCUUGGCCGCCGCGUGUCGUCGCCCGUGCGAGCGUUCGCCGAAUCGGGGCGAGCAGACGCGCUCGGCUCGGGUCCCGGCACGCUUGAUGUGUUCGGCGCGCCAUCUGUCAACCAGGGAGCAGGACGGACCGAAGCCGAAUUCUUCGUCGAUGGAAACCAUUCCAGGGUAUCAGUGAUGGCCAGGAUGGUCCCGUCUCCCGACUGGUUCAUCGGAGUCGACAGCUUCGACCUAUGCGUCGACGGGAACUGGCUCGAUAGCAUAACCAUUGAGGUGGACCCCCUAGACGCGGGCACAGACAACGGCUUCACGUUCACGGCCCCGAACUGGCCGACGGCCCCCCAAGGGGUCGCCUACCGCAUCACGUCCAAGUACCCCUCACACCCGGCCGGGUCGUUCUUCUACCCGCAUCUGAGAAGGCUGCCGCCGAUCGCCACUUUCCAGUUUAUAAAACUCCGCGAAUACGAACUCUCCGAAGUGUUCCACCGAAGCAGCGACGACAGACGAUACGACGUGCUGCAGCUCGACAAGCUCAGCCACAAUACCAUCGACGUGCUGGACGGGAACCGCGCGCUGUCCAUAGCCGAGGAGGUGGAGAGAGCCGAGGCUCCAAAGAUAUACGCCGACGGCGCCCUGACUACGCCUGAUGGAUCAUACUCAUAUUACACUGUAGUGAACACGACAUCAGUGACGACCGAAGAGCCUCGUUCAGCUAACGAGCUGCCGACGUCGGGUCCGACAGCGAGCGAGCGGUCGGCGCUGCGCAGCUUAGCUCGCCGCUACCGGGCCAGGCGGCGGCGCAAGCUGCGAGCCGACAAUACCGACCCGGCUGAGCGGAGGAAGCGAAAAAGAGCGAGGCUGCUAGACUGCCGCGUGUCAGACUGGGGCGAGUGGAGCCCUUGCCACAGCGAUGGCGGCUGCGUGGGCUCGGCCCUGCGCACACGCCGCGUGGUCCGGCGGCAGAGACCCGGCGGCGCGCCCUGUCCUCCAACCACGCAAUCUCGAUGGUGCGCCACUAAUUGCACCCACGAGGACUGGAGGAACAACCUCACGUAAUUAAGGAACGGUUCGUGCGAGCUGCCUUUUGCAUUUCUUCUCGAAAAACAGAUAUGACAUGACAUGAGACUUCAAGUGUGCCGGGCUUUUCAGGUGUAUGUAAUAAUACCAGGUCAAAUAAUUCAGAGCUAGUUCGGUCCCCACCAUCUUUGAUCAGCCGCUGGACUUGUGAUGAAUCCACUCUUAAAACAAGCUUACUUGGACACAAAUUACCAGUAAACCUUAAAAAAACGAGUACUAGUUGCACAGUUUUUCCUACUACCCACCUGCUAAUGUUCUCGCGUUGCUUCUGCCCUGCGCACACGGCGCGUGGUCCGGCGGCAGAGACCCGGCGGCGCACCUUGCCCGCCGACCACGCAAUC